AUGUCGCUGGAGAAGACCAUAUACAUCGGCCCUUUCGUGCAUUGUGAAAGUCUCAACGAGUUAGACGUCUGCCCAAAUGGCAUGUUUGGUGUCGACGAAGAUGGCAAGAUCGCUUUCAUAUCACGGGACAUGAAAGGUAGACCUUUGCCGGCACAUCAAGGUUGGGAGAAUGCGAAGGUUGUACGAAUACAGGACUACGGUUUCUUCUUUCCAGGCUUCAUAGAUACGCAUAUACAUGCUUCGCAGUACCCGAAUGCUGGCGUUUUCGGCAAGUCGACUCUUCUGGACUGGCUCAACACCUACACAUUCCCCCUCGAAUCAUCGUUCACGGAUCUGGACAAGGCAGCUCGUAUCUACAAUCGUGUCGUUGCCAGGACUUUGUCACAAGGAACAACGACAGCAUGCUACUACGCCACUGUACACGUCGCGGCCACCAACCUUUUGGCGGACAUUUGUCAGUCGCGAGGGCAACGAGCUUUUGUUGGCAGAGUAUGCAUGGAUCGAUUGAGCCCGGACUACUACCAAGAUGAAAGCGUCGAAUCUGCCAUCCGAGACUCGCAGGCCUGCAUCGAUCACGUCAAGAAGAUCGAUCCAUACUUCGACCUCGUGUCGCCAAUCAUCACACCACGCUUCGCACCAUCAUGUUCAGAUGAAGCUCUUGCAGCUCUAGGCAAGCUACACCACACGACGGGCGUGCCAUGCCAGACCCACAUUUCGGAAAACAAAGCUGAAAUCCAACUCGUCCGCGAGCUCUUCCCCAAAAGUCAAUCAUACACCCACGUCUACGAUCGAGCUGGUCUUCUGACACCCAAGAUGAUCUUGGCGCAUGCUGUGCAUCUCACCAAGGAGGAACGAACACUUAUCAAGAAUCGUCAGGCGAAGAUUAGUCACUGUCCUGCAAGUAAUACUGCUCUUACGUCUGGCACCGCUAAGGUCAGGACCAUGCUGGACGAAGGCUUGACUGUGGGGUUGGGCACUGAUGUGAGUGGUGGCUACACCUCAAGUAUGCUCGCCGAAACUCGCGAAGCAAUCUUCGUGAGCCGCCAUGUUGCUAUGACUGAUGGCGACGAAACCAAGCUAUCGGUGGCGGAAGCAUUAUAUCUCGCCACUCGAGGUGGAGCAAAAGUAGUCGGACUAGAAGACCGAAUAGGUGGCUUUGAAGUAGGCAUGGAUUGGGAUGCUCAGAUGAUCAGCUUCGGUGACGGCGUAGGGGAUAAGCUUGGCCUGGAUCAGUCUGCUGGGCUAGUGGAGAUCUUCGGAGGCGAGUCGUGGGAGGACAAGGUAGCCAAAUGGGUUUAUACCGGCGACGACCGAAACACCAAGGCUGUAUGGGUGAAAGGAAGGCUAGUGCAUUCACAGGGGAACUUCAAGCCUUGA